AUGAAGUUCGGUCAUACACUAAGAACUUCUUUAAACCCAGAAUGGACACAAUAUUAUUUAGAUUACGACGAACUCAAGUCGAUCUUGAAAAAAAAGUUACCUCAUCAAGAUUGGACAGAGGAAGAUGAGUCCAAAUUUGUGGAAAAACUUGAAAAGGAUUUAGCAAAAGUUUAUAAUUUUCAAAAAGUAAAAUUGUCUGAAAUUACUAAGCAUAUUCAACAAGAAAUUAAACAAGUAGAUACAUUAUGUGAAAAAGCUGAUCCUCAUGAGGAUGAAUUUACAGAAUCUGAAAUUGAAUUAAGUCAGAUUAUUGCUGAUGUUCAUGAUUUGGCGAAAUUCACUCGUUUGAACUAUACUGGAUUUUUAAAAAUUAUCAAAAAACAUGAUAAAGUUACUAAUUGGAUUAUUAAACCAAUGUUUAUGGCAAGAUUAAAUGCAAAACCAUUUUAUAAGGAAAAUUAUGAAGCUUUAAUUAUACGUAUCUCUACUUUAUAUGAUCGUGUUCGAACAAGAGGUAAAGAGCGAGGUGGUGAUGCUGGUGCAGGUGGUAAACAAUCUGCUUUUAUAAGAAAUACAACAAAGUAUUGGGUUCAUCCUGAUAAUAUUACAGAAUUAAAAUUAAUCAUUCUCAAGCAUUUACCUGUUCUUGUAUUUAAUCCAAAUAAAGAAUUUGAAGUACAGGAUUCUGCUAUCACAAGUAUUUAUUUUGAUAAUGAUGAUUUUGAACUUUAUAUGGGUAGAUUAGAAAAGACAGAAGGAGCUCAGGCAAUUCGAAUGCGAUGGUAUGGUGGUAUGGACACAAACACUAUAUUCGUUGAACGUAAAACACAUCAUGAAGAUUGGACUGGUGAAAAAUCAGUUAAAGCUCGGUUCCCAAUUAAAGAAAAAUAUUUAAAUGCCUUUUUGAAUGGAAAAUAUACUACAGAUGAAUUAUUUGCAAAAGUGAAAGAACAAGGUACAAAGUCAGAAAAGGAAAUUGAAGAUAUGGAACAACUUGCUCAGGAAGUUCAAUACACUGUCUUAACAAAACGUCUUCAUCCUUUAAUAAGAACCUUUUAUAAUCGUACUGCCUUUCAAUUACCUGGUGAUGCUCGUGUACGUAUCAGUUUAGAUACUGAACUUUCUAUGAUUCGUGAAGAUAAUCAGGGCAUCAUUCGUUCUGGUGAUAAUUGGCGUCGUACGGAUAUUGGUAUUGAUUUCCCAUUUAAACAAUUACCUGAUUCAGAUAUUUGUCGUUUCCCUUAUGCUAUCUUGGAAGUCAAAUUACAGACUCAAUUAGGUCAAGAACCUCCUCAAUGGAUCACUGAGCUUGUCAAUUCUCAUCUAGUUGAAUCUGUCCCUAAAUUCUCUAAAUUCAUUCAUGGUUGUGCUACUUUAUUAGAAGAUAAAAUUAAUGUCUUGCCCUUUUGGUUGCCUCAGAUGGACAUUGAUAUUCGCAAA